AUGUCGGUCAGCUCAACAUCUGGAGCCAUGCUCCGACGAACGAUCUUCAGCGUCAGGUCCGCGGCGCGACCAUUGGGCGCGGCCGAACAGACGGCCCGGUCCAGCGUGUUUGGAUCUUACAGAAAUGUCCAUCGGUCUGCUCGUCUGCCCGCCAUCACAGCCUCUGAGGCUCGUCAUAGGCCGUCUUUGCGGCCUCACCAGCAAUCCUCGCGGGUGAAUGGAUUGUCGCCGAAUAGCAAGCGAUCGAUUUUUAUUCAGACGGAGAACACGCCGAAUCCCGAUGCUUUGAAGUUCAUCCCCAACCACCGCGUCCUGCCCGAAGACUUCCCCACCUCGUUCCUCGAGUACCUCUCUCCUCGCUCCACGCUCGCUCCUCCGCACCCCUCGCCGCUGGCCGCGAACCUCAUGAACGUCGACGGCAUCACCUCGGUCUUCUACGGCCCUGAAUUCAUCACAGUGACCAAGGCCAGCGACGCCAACUGGGCGCACAUCAAGCCGGAGGUUUUCAGCCUCAUCACGCAAACCGUCACUUCCGGCGAGGCGAUCGUCAACACCGUGGCCAAGACCGGCGAGCAGGCGCAGGAAGGUGGCGAGGAGGACUCGCUCAGCUAUAACGAAGAUGACGAGGAGGUCAUCAGCAUGAUCAAGGAGCUCUUGGAGACGAGGAUUCGUCCCGCCAUUCAGGAGGACGGUGGCGAUAUUGACUUCCGUGGGUUCGAGAAUGGUAUCGUUAUGUUGAAGUUGCGCGGUGCUUGUCGGACUUGCGAUUCUAGCACGGUUACGUUGAAGAAUGGUAUUGAGUCGAUGCUGAUGCAUUAUAUCGAGGAAGUUCAGGGAGUCGAGCAGGUUAUGGACGAGGAGGAAGAGAUUUCCAUGCAUGAGUUCGCCAAGUUCGAAGAGAAGCUGCGCCAACAGAAGGGUCCCCAAGCCACUGCUUCUACGGGAGGCAAGGGAACUCUGGACUCAGCUGCUUAA